AUGGGCGAGACAACCGGCCUAAACUUUUUCGUCAACGGCGAAGAGAUCAAUUUGAUCGACCCAAAUCCGGAGCUAACGUUGGCGUACUAUAUUCGGAAUACACUAAAACUCACCGGAACAAAACUUGGCUGCGAGGAAGGAGCGUGCGGAGCCUGUACUGUUGUCGUCGGAAAAAUUGAUCCGAAUACGAAGAAAGUUCGUUACGAGGCCAUCAAUUCCUGUUUGGUCCCAAUUUUUAUGGUUGACCACUGCUCGAUUAUUACUGUAGAAGGGAUUUCCAAGGAUCGGAUUCAUCCAGUGCAGGAACGCCUUUCGCGAGGUCACGGUACUCAAUGCGGCUUCUGCUCCCCCGGUUUCACAAUGGCAAUGUAUGCCCUCCUGAGAAACAACCCGGAACCCACAAUGGAUGAGAUCAGCCAGGCCAUCAAAGGAAACCUUUGCCGUUGUACCGGCUACCGCCCCAUCCUCGAGGCGUUCUAUUCAUUUUCCGGAGAAGCGAAAGCUGGAUGCUGCGGUGGUGGUGGCGGCGGAUGUCCUUGCAAAGAACAAGAAAAUAUCAACCCUAAUCAAGCCGGAAAACUGGCGGAUUUUGGGUUGAUGACCAAGUAUGAUGCGAGUCAGGAGAUAAUCUUCCCCCCGAAGCUAUUGGUAAACGACUGGAGAGCCGAUCGUAAUUUGGCACUCCGUGGAGGCAGGGUGACACUCCACGCUCCAAAUAGCCUCAAUGAAGUUGCUAAAAUUGCGAGCAACCUUCCGGAUUUCAAGAUUAUUUCGUCGGGAAUGAUUUCUAGACUUGUGCUAGGAAUGACUCCGAACGUUGCAAGAGUCAAUUGGUUGAGCAUUCAUCGGAUUGCCGAGAUGGAAAAGGUCGACGUCCUCGAAGAUCGCAUCAUCAUCGGUGGCGCCUUGAGCAUUGGUCAACUCGAAAAGGCCAUACGCGAAAAUGUGGCAGCUCCGGACGACAUGCUGCGUAUCUUCCGUAAAUAUUCGGCAGAGCAAGUCAAAAACACGGCGAGCUGGACUGGUGCUCUCUGCUCAGCCUCCCCGACCAGCGACUUUUGCGCGCUGGCAUUGGCAGUGAACUGCAAAAUCAAGUCCUCUCGACUUGUCGCCGGUCUCAACCAAAAAUCGGAGCUGCUCAAGGUUGUGUCGGAGAAGAUCUUCGACAGACCCGUAUCCGAACUAGCCGAUACCUUCGAUGAGUGGGGCUACGGCCUGGGCUCCACGCUCAAUCCAGAAGUCCCAGAUGCUGAUUUCAAGAUCGCGAUGGUCAAGUCAUUUUUGCGGGAUAUGGCUAGCCGACUCUCGAAGACGGACCAAUACCACAAUCUGGCGAUAAAGGCGGAUGAUUUCGAGUUUUUGCAGUUAUAUCAGAAAGUCACCGACUCUGAUUUCGACGCAUGUGGACGUCCCUUGGCCCAUCAGUUUGCUGGCCGACACACCACCGGAGAAGCCAAAUAUGUAAAUGACCUAAAACUCGAUGGUCUGCUUCAUGGAGCACCAGUUCUCAGCAAAGAAGCACAUGCCGAAAUCAUCUCCGUUGACCCUUCCGAGGCCUUGAAGUUGCCGGGAGUUUUGGCUUACAUCGAUGAAAAGGACAUCCCAGCUGGCGGCUCGAAUACUCCACUCUCCGGUCAGCUCUGUUUGAUGAACGACAACACAAGACUGUUUGCGGCUGGAAAAGUGGAAUCCGUUGGCCAAAUGAUUGGAUUGAUUGUUGCCAACGAUGUCUUGACAGCCAGAAGGGCUGCCAAGCUCGUCAAUGUCGAGUACAGCAAGCUGAAGUCGAUCCUGGAUGUUGAGGAUGGCUUCCAAGCUAAUGAACUCCUCGGCCCGGCGAUGCAUUUCGGAAAGGAAGAAGAUGCCGUAGCUGCUGAUCUGGCAGCCUGUGAAUUCCAGAUAUCAGGAAAAGUGGGGUUGGGCGGACAGGAGCACAUCUACAUGGAGACCCAAUCUUGCGUUGCGGUGCCAGGCGAGGAGAACGAAUUCAUCCUCUACACCGCUUCUCAAGGAGCCGCUUUUGCGCAACUUUCUGCUGCACAGCUUCUCGGCAUUCCGAGCAAUAACUUUACAGUGAAGAUCCGACGUGUUGGUGGAGCCUUUGGAGGAAAAGCUGGUGCUCAAUGCGGUUUUGCAAGAUGGCCGGCAUUGCUAGCUGCCCACAAGCUGAAACGUCCGGUUAGUAUGGUGCUGCAUAGACAGGAUGAUGUGAUGAUGACCGGGAAGAGGCAUCCGGCAAAGUGUUCUUACAAAGUCGGCUUCUCGAGCUCAGGGAAGAUCGAGGCUAUCCAUUACGAGACUUUGGUCGAUGGGGGCUGGUCGAUCGACAAUUCGAUUUGGGUUACGAAGGUUAUCGGCUGCUUGGCCCCACGUGCUUCAAAAUUCCAAAGCUCGAAUACGGCUUUCAGAGGCUACGGCCAACCACAAGCCUACUUCAUCAUGGACGCGAUCGUCAACCAUGUCGCGCAGAGCUUGGGAAAAAGCUUUGAAGAGGUCAAAGAGCUGAACUUUGCGCAUGUCGGCGACUUGGAUCCCCUGGGAGCAAAGGUUCGAAAUGACGGUAUGCUCGAGUGUUGGGAGGAGUGCAAAAAGAUGGCCGAGUUCACGAAGCUGGAGAAGGACGUCGAGGAGUUCAACAGAAAUUCCCCGAUUAUCAAGCGCGGCGUGGCCAUGGGCACCACUCGAUUUGGCAUGCCCCACCCAGGACCCUUAGAGGCUGCCUCGGCUCUUGUCCAAAUCUGCUACGACGGUGCGGUCUCCAUCUCGAUCGGCGGUGUCGAAAUGGGUCAAGGGUUGAACGUUAAGAUCCAGCAGUGUGCGAGCAGGGCUCUAGGGAUUCCCAUCGACCGCAUCAACCUGCUGGAAGUUGGAACCGACAAAACGACAAAUGCUCCGGUUACUGGAGGAAGCCAAGGAGCAGAUAUCCACGGAAAGGCUGUCAAGGCCUGUUGCGACAAGCUGAUCGUUGGACUGAAACCGUUCCUGGAGAAGGCUGAAGGGGACUGGAAUACUGCUUGCUUCCAGGCUUACUUGAACAAGACUCCGCUACAAGCUAGCGAGUUUAUUACAAUUGAACGCGAUCAGCACGGCCUUGGCAAAGAUGACCCUUGCUACUACACUUCUGGAGCCAUCUGUACCCUUGUGGAGUUGGAUACCUCAAACGGAGAACAUCGGCUCGUCGCUGUCGACAUUGUAAUGGACGUCGGAGAAAGCUUGAACCCUGCCAUUGAUAUUGGGCAGAUCGAAGGCGGUUUUAUGCAGGGUUACGGUUUGAUGACGUGCGAAGAUCUGGCGUACGACCAGAAUGGAAAGCUCCUCACCGAUACUGCUUACAAAUACAAAAUCCCUACAGUGCAAAUGGUCCCGGAUCGAUUCCGCGUGAAGCUACUUGAAGGAAUUUCUUGCUAUCCGGAGCAAAUCUAUCGCUCAAAGGGAAUCGGCGAACCUCCAUUAAUGCUUGCCACCGCUGUCCAUGCAGCUCUCCUAAAGGCGAUCAUCGCCAAGAAGAAGCCGGAAAAGCCGCUAGUACUCGACGCUCCGCUGACGGCCAAAAAGCUCUUCGAGGCGGUGAAUCGAUUG